AUGAAGCUGCACCUGAACAUGAGCUUUCCUGUUGGCCCAAAGAAGGAGGUGGCUGAGUGUAAGGAGAAAUUCGCCAGCUCAGUGGAUCCCACCGUCAGCCAGAUGUUUAUGCUGGACCGAGUGUUCAAUCCUGAGGGAAAGUCCUUGACACCUAUGCGGGGGUUCAAAUAUUCCAGCUGGUCCCCUCUGGGCUGUGAUGCCAACGGGAGGUGCCUGCUGGCAGCUCUCACCAUGGACAACCGCCUGACCAUCCACGCCAACCUCAGCCGGCUGCAGUGGGUGCAGCUGGUGGACCUGACCGAGCUCUACGGUGAGCGGCUGUUCGAGGCCAGCUACAGACUGUGUAAGGCUGACACUCCCUGCGGGGAGCUGGGAGACUUCCCCGAGUUCCAGCGGCGGCACAGCAUGCAGGCCCCGGUGCGCAUGGAGUGGUCGGGCAUCUGCACCACCCAGCAGGUCAAGCACAACAACGAGUGCCGGGAUGUGGGCAGCGUGCUCCUGGCAGUGCUUUUCGAGAAUGGCAACAUCGCCGUGUGGCAGUUCCAGCUGCCCUUUCUGGGGAAGGAGUCCAUCACUUCCUGCAAUACCAUCGAGUCGGGAAUAAGCUCCCCCAGCGUGUUGUCAUGGUGGGAGUACGAGCACAACAACCGGAAGAUGAGCGGGUUGAUCGUGGGGAGCGCGUACGGCCCAGUGAAGAUCAUCCCUGUCAACCUCAAAGCAGUCAAAGGCUACUUCACGCUGAGACAGCCCGUGGUCUUGUGGCAGGAGAUGGACCAGCUGCCCGUGCACAGUAUCAAAUGCAUCCCUCUCUACCACCCCUACCAGAAAUGCAGCUGCAGCCUGGUGGUGGCUGCAAGAGGCCCUUACGUGUUCUGGUGUCUCUUGCUGAUAUCCAAAGCAGGGCUGAACGUCCACAAUUCCCACGUGACAGGGCUCCACUCCUUGCCCAUUGUCUCCAUGACUGCGGACAAGCAGAACGGCACGGUGUACACCUGCUCCAGCGAUGGCAAGGUCAGGCAGCUCAUCCCCAUAUUCACAGACGUUGCUUUGAAGUUUGAGCACCAGCUGAUAAAGCUCUCGGAGGUGUUUGGCUGUGUCAGGACUCAUGGAAUUGCUGUCAGCCCAUGUGGGGCGUACCUGGCGGUCAUCACCACUGAGGGCAUGGCCAACGGGCUGCACCCGAUCAACAAAAACUACCAAGUUCAGUUUGUCACCCUCAAGACUUUUGAGGAGGCAGCUGCACAGCUCUUGGAAUCUUCUGUUCAGAACCUUUUCCGGCAAGUGGACUUGACAGAUCUUGUACGCUGGAAAAUCUUGAAGGAUAAGCACAUUCCUCAGUUUUUACAGGAAGCACUGGAUAAAAAGAUAGAGAGCUGUGGUUCUACUUACUUCUGGAGGUUUAAGUUGUUUCUCUUGAGGAUUUUGUACCAGUCAAUGCAGAAAGCGCCCUCAGAAGUUACGUGGAGACCUUCACACGAGGAUGCCAAAAUCUUGAUAUCAGAUUCCCCUGGGAUGGGCAGCACUGAAGAUGAUCAAGAUGAAGGAACUUCAAAACAAGCCAGCAAGCAGAGCCUGGGGGACACAGGCAAAGGUGUGGACAUUGAUGACAAUGCAGAGGAUUCUCUCCAUCAGUCAAGUGACACUGGAGGCCGUGAGCCAAUGGUAGAAAAGCUUCUUGAAAUACAGGCACAGAUUGAGGCCGUAGAAAUGCACUUGACACGGGAACACAUGAAACGGGUGUUGGGAGAAGUUUACCUGCACACGUGGAUUACAGAGAACACCAGCAUUCCCACCAGAGGAGUCUGUGACUUCUUAAUGUCCAACGAUGGCUACGAUGACAGAACAGCACGAGUGCUGAUUGGGCACAUCCUGAAGAAGAUGAACAAACAGACCUUCCCUGAGCACUGCAGAUUGUGCAAAGAGAUCCUGCCCUUCACUGACCGCAAACAGGCUGUCUGCUCCAAUGGCCACAUUUGGCUCAGAUCCUGA